AUGAUGUUACCAGGUUCAAAUGCUGGUAUCUACAGGUAUUAUCAGCCUGGAGACAUAAUCUUUGGAAGCAUUGGUUCUCAGAGCAUAAUCCUUUCCAGUCCAAAGGCUUUUGAUGAACAACCUCCCCAGAAAUUAUCUGAAGAAGCAAUCUUUGAUGAUGAGAAUGGAGACAUAAUAAAAAAAGCAGCUGAAAUGUUUGACAGAGUUAUGAGCAGCACAGCCAAUGCAUUUGUCUGCUAUGGAGAAGCAGAUUCCAUAAUAUUUUUGAGAUGGGUGCUAUAUCUACCAGAAGUGGAAGUUACAACACAAAUGCCAAGAGGUAUAGUCUGGAUCCUGACAGCACAGAUAGAGUUCAAAUCAUUUUCCUACCAACGUGAUUGGGAUAUCCAAGCCUUCCAUGGUGCUAUAUCUUUUUCAAUUCACUCCAAUGAGGUACAGGGAUUCAAAAAAUUUCUUCAGGGCAGAAACCCUUCCAGCACAGCAGAUGAUGGUUUUAUCAGAGAUUUCUGGGAACAGGCAUUUGGCUGUGUUUUCCCAAGCUCUGCUUUGGAUGAUGUGGUGGGUGAUAUCUGUACUGGAGAUGAGAGUUUGGAGAAUCUUCCUGGACCUAUUUUUGAAAUGAGCAUGACUGGUCACAGCUACUGUAUCUACAAUGCUGUCUAUGCAGUGGCCCAUGCACUGCAUAUGCUUUCAUCCACAUCCAAACACAGAACAAUGGCAGAGGGAGAAAGAAAGAAACUUCAGAAGAAUCAACCAUGGCAGAAUCGGGUAUUAGUGGCAGGAUUUGAUAUUGUAAACUGGGUCACAUUCCCAAACAAAUCUUUUGUUAGAGUGAAAGUUGGAAAGAUUCAUCUCAAAGCUCCAAGUGAAGACCAAGCAAUCACCAUUAAAGAAGAUGCCAUUGUGUGGCACAGAUGUUUUAAUGAGGCAUAUCCUGUUUCUGUAUGCACUGAUUCCUGCUUUCCCGGUUAUAGCAAGAAAAAGAAGGAAGGGGAGCCAUUCUGCUGCUAUGAUUGCUUUCCAUGUCCAGAAGGGAGGAUAUCUGAUAAGAAUGACAUGGCUGAAUGUUUUCAAUGCCAAGAAGAUCAUUAUCCAAGCAAGGAUAAAAAGACAUGCAUUCCUAAGCUUGUAACCUUUUUGUCAUAUGAAGAACCUUUGGGGAUCAGUUUAGCUACUGGUGCUCUUUCAUGUUCUUUGAUCAUAGGUCUGGUGCUAGGCAUUUUUGCAAAGCAUUAUGACACUCCCAUUGUCAAAGCCAACAACCGUUCUCUCACCUACAUUCUCCUCAUCUCUCUUUUGCUCUGUUUCCUGUCUGCAUUGCUAUUCAUUGGACGACCUGAGAAGGUAAUGUGUCUCCUCCGACAAACUGCUUUUGCAAUCAUCUUCUCAGUGGCUGUAUCUUGCAUGCUGGCAAAAACCAUGACUGUGGUUCUGGCUUUCAUGGCCACCAAGCCAGGAUCCAGGAUGAGGAAGUGGGUGGGCAGAAAACUGUCCACCUCUGUUGUUAUUUCUUGCUCCUCUAUCCAAACAAUGAUUUGUAUUAUAUGGUUGGCAAUCUCUCCCCCAUUCCCAAAUGUUGACAAACAUUCAAAGUCUAAUGAAAUUGUAUUGGAAUGUAAUGAGGGUUCAAGUACCAUGUUUUUCUGUGCUUUGGGCUACCUGGGUUUCCUGGCACUUGCCAGCUUCACUGUGGCUUUCCAUGCCAGGAAGCUACCAGAUAGUUUCAAUGAAGCCAAGUUCAUCACUUUCAGCAUGUUAGGGUUUUGCAGUGUUUGGUUCUCCUUUGUUCCAACUUACCUGAGUUCCAAGGGGAAAUAUAUGGUAGCUGUGCAGAUCUUCUCAAUCUUAGCCUCCAGUAGCGGGGUAAUGGGCUGCAUCUUUUUCCCAAAAUGUUACAUCAUUGUAAUAAGGCCUCAUUUGAACAAAAGGGAACUACUAAUCAGUAAAAAUUUCAAAUAA